UAAAUAAAUCCCAUUUUCCGUCAGCUGCUAGCUUUCACGUCGGCUGUUCGACGUUUUGCUUGCUUAGUACACUUUAGUUUCGAUAUUUUAUUUGUUUAUGUGUCUUGCUACCUGUGUGUUGUGUCUGAAACGUCAUUGAUCAGUCUCCUGGCCCUUACUCGUCCCUCACAACUAACUCAGAAACUAGAGGUCGUUCUACAUUCUGAAGAUGAUAAAAUAAUAACUGCAUCUUGAGAAGAGAAAACCCCGCGAGAAGCUACUGCUAGUCAAAGGACUAUUCAAAUAUUCUCCACGCUAAACGGAUAUAAUUACUACAGAACCGUGCCACACAGACGAAGGUCCACACCAGAUCUCGACACAGCAUCACAGUCAACGCGGGAUCGCAACACCAUGCGCUAAAACUCUGUCGACAAGUUUUCGUCCUGAAAUUUUCGCUUCGCUUUUCGCCUACCUGCUUUGAAGCUUCCACACACACGUCAAGUCGACCGUAUUCUGCAGGAAACUGUUUUUAAUUUUUCGAGAGUGCGUCUGUUCGUUGUUAUCGUGAACGUCGUGUGUAUCAGCCUUAACCGAUAAGAAUGGACAAUAAUUCAACUUGAAUUUGAUAUUAUAUUGAAUCCGUUGAAUUUUCGUUUAUACGACCCGCGGCUCUGUGAUCAGGACUUUGUUUUUUUUCGAGUAUAUAUAUAUUGUAUAUCGACUGCCGAUCGACCUAAAGAUAUGGCGGCUAUGGUGAAUAUGAAUAACCUGUUGAACGGAAAGGAUUCCCGCUGGCUCCAGCUCGAGGUUUGCAGGGAGUUCCAGAGGAAUAAGUGUUCCAGGCCGGACACAGAGUGCAAAUUCGCACAUCCGCCGGCAAACGUGGAGGUGCAGAACGGAAGGGUCACAGCCUGCUACGACAGUAUCAAGGGUCGGUGUAACAGAGAAAAACCACCAUGCAAAUAUUUCCACCCACCACAACAUCUGAAAGAUCAGCUGUUGAUCAAUGGAAGGAAUCAUCUGGCCCUGAAGAACGCCCUUAUGCAGCAAAUGGGCAUAACACCUGGUCAAGCAUUAGUACCUGGACAAGUUCAAGUGGUGGACACGCCAUUAGACAGUGCUUCCCUGACCUUCCUUCCGCACAUCCCCAUGUCUCUAGAUGAACAGUAUGCACUUAUGGCUACAAACCCCUAUCUCUCAGGAAUGCCUCAAGUAGGAAGCACAUACAAUCCAUAUUUCGCUCCUGGACCCAUAAUGCCUACAAUCGUCGGCCCAGAUCCUACAGGCGUCGGCUCACCUCUAGGUGUGGUACCGCAGACUGUAGUUACGCAACAAAAAAUGCCAAGGACCGACAGAUUAGAGCCUGCCGCCGUUUCGCCAUUGUUGGCCCCUCAUCAGGCAGCAGCUGCCGCCCUCGAAAUAGGGAAGAAGAGGCCGCGAGAGCCCACGGCCGCUGACGCUGAUUUAUUACUGAUGGAUAUGAAAUCUGUUGGUUCUUUUUAUUACGAAAAUUUCCCUUUCCCGGGUAUGAUGCCGUACAAGCGACCGGCUACUGACAAAUCCGGCGUACCAGUCUACCAGCCCAACGCUACCACAUACCAGCAACUCAUGCAACUCCAACAGCCGUUCGUGCCCGUAUCAUGUGAGUACUCUACUUCCCCCGCCCCCGCAGCCUGCGCUUCUCCCGCAGCUUCCUCCAUUCCCCCCUCUUCAGAUCAGCAAAUACCACCCGCUACCACCUCGGUCGCCAGCCAACUACCACCCAAAGAGAGCGAUAACUCCCUCCCAGUCGCUUCGACCUCGACCGUCACCUCCGCAUCCACCCCUCUAACCCAACAUUCUGUGGUUCCCGAUCCCGCCGCGCUCGCCAAGGAGGUCGCUCAGCAGAACUACGCGAAGGCGGUCAAGUUGGCCCAGGCUCAGGCCAAUUCCAAUUACGCUGCCGCAGUUGCGGCUACUCAAUCUUACGCCGCCACCUUUUCGACGCCGACUUACGCGACCGCAGUGCCCUUCUCGCUGAACCCCAUGAACUACACGGGUAUAUCCUUGAACAAGCAGGCCAUGUCCGUGCCUCCGCCUGCCUUGUCCAGGUAUCCCAGUUUUCCCCUGGGUUUCGGCACGGCCACCAACGGCUUGAACCUCGGCCUUACAAAUCCCUACGCCGCCUUGAAUCAGACUAACCUCUUGAACUACGCAAGGCCACCGCCGACCUUCAUAAACCCGUACUCGCUCGUCAGAGCCACCUAUCCCACGACCGGUACUUCCCCCAUCGUGAAUGCAGGCCUGAUAGGCGCCCAGUACCAAGUACCAGUGUCGGCCACUAGCGUGACGUCAACGAGCAAUAUCUCUGCUGCUGUCGCUCAGAAUAACAACAACGUCGUGCUCCAACCGUACAAAAAACUGAAGACCACCUAAUGCGCUAGAAAUGAUUGUUGUCCGUUGUUUUGUUGAUUUGUGUUAUAGUUGAAAUCUGUAUAAAUUUGUUUUUUCGUCUCGAAAUUAUACUAAUAUUAUUAUUAUGAAUCGUUUUUGUGUAAUAAUUUUAAAUUAUGUAUCGUAUAGUCCCAUUAAAUUUGUAAAAUUUGAUUCGAUUUGUUUUUCCUAUCCCAUUCUAGUCAGCAGUAGUUGUUAUUAUAGAAAUUUUUGCAAUUUUAUCACUCCGAGAGCUUCGUUCUCACAUUACAGAUUAAUCGUAACGUUUCGUACAAUCAGAGUUAUUGUGGGCGGAGGAAAAUUUUUUGAGCGACCUUUAUGCGCGAGUGCCUCCUAACUGUGAUAUCCUCACAUCUGCUGUCUCGCAAACGCAACGUCCCAUCCUAACACUCUGGUCAUAUAAUUUUUACAAUUUAGAAUACUGUCUAUUGCUGUGUAAGGAGUUAGUAAUGUAUUUUUAUAUUAUAUGGUUUCAUAAUAUUUUGUACUUGUUAGAUUUAUUGCAUGGACACAUCGUAUUAUAUAUCUCCUCUUGGGUACCCCCCCCCUUAAACCGCAUGGUAGUUUUUACCGUUUUUCCUUUUAGAAGUGCCAUCGCUGUAGGUUAAAUCUUGGUUUGUGAGCCUACCCAAAAGGAUUUCAUUUCGACUAUAGUAUCUUCUGCAUAGUUUCAUUAUCUUGUACUAGAAAUUAUUUUUUUCAACGAAAUGCUAUCCAAAUUAAUGUUAAAAGGCACAUUAAUAGUCGAAAAGAUUUCUCAAUUCAAAUUAAACAUCUAUAUGAUUUUGAAAUAUAUAUACAGUUUUGAUGUUUGAUGUCUUAUGUGAAUGAAUCAUAUUAAUUCAAUUGAAAGCUUAAAACUUUCACUGAGAAAAUCACUUUUGAAAUUAUUAAAAUACAAAUUCAAGUAAAAUUCGUUUUUUCGGAAUAUUUUUUAUUUUGAAGAUUUAUUGUUGAUAAGUAUUCACCUUUCUAUCAAGUUUCUUAAUUAAUUAAUCAAUUAUUUCUAUCUCGUCAAUGGAACAUCGAACUAUUUUUUAAAUAAUGUUAUUCAAUGUACUCACCCUUUUCCGCAAAAUAUUGAUCAAUUUUAAAUUACAAAUAGAAACAGUAGUGCUUGUUACUGUUCUCUGUGAGGUCAACUUUUGCAUGGGGCUCAAGUUUAGUACAUGUUUGCAUGAAAAACAUUGCAGUAAAUCACAAGGUUCUAAUCGGAAUAACUUCUUUUUGGGUCGGUGAUUCCUCUGUAAAAUCCCGAAAAUACAGUUUCCAAAGGCUACUUCUUAGUUUACAGUAUAAUUAACCUCCAAGAGGUUGUUUUUGUCUUCCUGGUUUUGAUCUUGAAGCACAAAUAUCGUUGAAAUGUUUUACUUGUGGGCAAAUCCUCACAUUAGCAAAACGAAUAUUUUUUUAUAUUCAGUCAAAAUGGAAAAGAUUCAAGGAAUAUUUUAAUGUGAGUUUUAUUGAAGUUUGUAGAGUAUCUUUGAAAAUAGUAAGUGUAAUGAAGUAUAGGCUAGUUAGUUUUGUGAUGUAUCAAAUAAAAUUUGAAUAUUCACAUAUUUACAUAUAGUUUGGAUAUAAAAUGUGUCUUACUACUCAUUAGUAAACUUUAAAUAUUUCACAGAAAUUGUAUACUAUUAUUCAAUCUUGUACGGAAAUGUGAUGCAUGUUCAAUUUAGUGAUUAUUCAAAUCCAUUAAGUUUUAAGGUACUAAUGGAAUUGUUUGCAUUUUUGAGUAGGUUUUAACUGUAAGAGACAGGUUAGAAAAGUCCCCAUUUGCAGUAGAAUUUUUGAUAAGAAGAAAUAAAGUUAUGUGAGGGCAGGGAAAACCGUCGUUUUGACACUAAUAGUACUUUUUAUAGCUAGAGCUGAGUAAGAAAGUCAACUCCGAAGUAUAGACUUUUUAGCUUCAGUUAAAUGCUUCAAAGUUAUUUUAUUAAGACGUAAGAAUGUUCCAUAUCGAAGAUUCGAACGUUGUGCUAGAAACACCAUAUGCAUCACGGCCUACUACAUGCUGCUUUUUAUUAUCAGUAUUCUCACUAUUACUUAUAGUGCUGAUCAAGUUUAAACUACAAAUUGCUUUUCUCUGUCUUCAUAUAACUUGCGUUAUCAGCUGCCAACCAUUAUGAACUUAACUUACAAUAAUGUAGUGCCUUCUUGGGCUGCUGAUCACGCUUUUGCAGAGGUGUGGGUUACUUUUUCACCACAUGGUGUGACAACUGUUUCCAUAUUUGUAUUAUUUUAUUGUGUAAUGUACUUGUUCUAAUCCUGAGGUGUAUGAAAUUAUGAUCACGCCACUAUUUGUAAUAAUAAUGCUUGAAAAUGCA